AUGACAGAACAGGUCAAAGCAUUCCCAUCAGUCGCUCAUUUCGACUACGAGCUGUACGAAGGAGAUCCCGACCAGCUGAAGACCGUAAACGCCACGCCAGCUCAGCCGGGCCCGCACAUUGAACCUUCGUCAUUGAAGCUCAAGUACAGGAUCGGUCACGGCCCGUUAGGCGAUGUUUGGCUGGCCACACAUCACCAGUCGGGCACGGACUAUGAUGAGCACCAUGAGGUGGCACUCAAGAUGGUGCAUCCUGUGGGGGACAUGAACGAGUUCUUACGCAGGUUUGAGCAUUUGUGGGUGAAUCUUAAGUCGAGGAGGAUGGAUAGCGUGUGCUGGUUGCACGGCAUCUCGGUGCUGUCUGGCAAGAUAUGCAUAGCUCUCAAGUCAUAUGAAGGGUCGGUAGGCGACCGAUUGGCGCAUGUGAAAGGAGGAAAGCUUCCACUGCCCGAUGUAUUGAGAUACGGUAUUGAAGUAGCCAAAGGAGUUCAACAGCUUCACCAAAUUGGGGUCUUGGUGCUAAAUCUCAAGCCGAAUAAUUUCCUUCUCGACGAACGUGACAAUGUUGCCCUCGGGGACUUUGGGGUCCCACACCUACUCCUCGGGAUUCCCUGGCUCGAUUCCAAUUUAGCAUUCAGGCUUGGGACCCCCAACUACAUGGCUCCUGAACAAUGGCAACCUGGUGUGAGAGGCCCAAUAUCCCUCGAGACAGACUCGUGGGGAUUUGCAUGCAGUAUGAUAGAAAUGCUGACUGGAAGUCCACCCUGGUGUGGACGGUCUAUUGAGGAGAUUCAUCAUGCAGUUGUUAUACGAGGAGAAAAGCCAUUGGUUCCUGAUGGUCUUCCUCCUGAAGUGGAAGACAUUCUCAAGGGAUGCUUCGAGUAUGAUUUGCGCAACAGGCCGUUGAUGUCGGAUAUUUUGCAGGCGUUCAAAAGGUCAAGGAAUAUCAUUCACAAUGAUGGAUCUUGGAGUGAGUUGACGAGCAACCCUUGUGUGGCUCAAUCACAAUCCCGUGGCUAUACCACUUGGUACCUUUCGAAAAAUCCUCUUCACAUUGGUGACACUGUCAUAUCAAGAAAAGUCCCAAGCUCGUCCGAACCAAUAAGCCCAGUUGUAACCAAAGGAGUCGUGGUUGGGUUAGACAACAACAGCGAGAAAGACGGAUUUGCCCUCGUCCGUAUCCCGAACUCGCACAACCACCUCAGAUUAAAGGUUUUAUCUCUAGAGAGGGAAAGUUUUGGUUUGGCAUCGGGGGAUUGGGUCCGGCUGAAGAAAGAGAGUCAGGAGCAUUCAUCUCUUGGGAUUUUACACCACAUAGGCCGUGAUGGGUGUGUUGCUGUAGGUUUUCUGGGGUUGGAGGCUCUUUGGAGAGGAAAUUUUGACGAGAUCAGGAAGGUCGAGCCUUUUUUCGUGGGACAUUUUGUGAGGUUGAAGGCGGAGAUCAAGAAUCCCCGUUUCGAGUGGCCCCACAAGAGAGGAGAGGCUUGGGCCUGUGGGAGAGUCUCACAAAUUUUCUCGAAUGGGUGCCUCGGAAUUGAAUUUCCUGGAAGGUUCAUUUUCAGGGACGGGCCGGGAAUUUUCUUGGCUCAUCCUGAGGAGGUGGAGCGAGUAUCUUUGGACACGUGUCCCGGUGUUGUGGAGAAAUACAAACUCGUUGAGGAUUUCCAUUGGGCCGUGAGGCCCAUUACAGUAGUGUUUGGCCUGCUCACGGUUGUGAAAGUCGGGACAUUUGUGGGGAAAAAUGCUGGAAGAAGAUUAAGUAACCACAGGAAGAAUGAGAAGGGGUGCAAUCAAGAAGGUGGGAAUUCGAAAUGGCUUUCUACGAAUGUCACGAAGAUCCUUUUUAAAGAAGGCACAAACACGACAAUUCCAAAUUCUCGGUGA